AGUGCGGUGACGUCUGGUCCGCCUCUGCACCUGACCGGGUGACUGCUCCUCUCUGUGAGCCUCUCCCAGCCUACAUGAGUUUGAGAGCAUCGCUGGGGGCCAUCCAUACUGACAGGCUGCAGGGGGGAAGUCUGAUUUGAGAGCACAGCGGUAAUGGAGGCCAGUACACAUGUCGUGCGCCCCCCUGUGACAAAAGACUACAAUGGUACCGGUGAACGGCAGAGCGACACAGCGCGGCAGACAGCUCGCCACUCGCGAUAACUCGCGUUGCGUUGAAGCAGCAGCUGGGCGGAAAAGGCGGGAGAAGACUGCCGCUUCCGCGUCCGCGCAGCACAGACACAACGCUGAGGAGUGUAAAAGAAAAUGGAAGAACAUGAGAGACCGGUACUUGAAGGAAGUCCGAAUGGAGAUCAAAAGCAAGAAGCAAGGGGAGAUCGUACAGAGUAGAUGGAAAUACAGACAACUUAUGAAUUUUAUCGCACCCUUCACUGGAUCAAGAAGUGGGGUGGCAGACAUCUGCAGCAACAAUGAUGAAGACCACGACAAUCCUGACAAUGAAUCUGGCAGUGCGGAGGGAGAAACUGCAUCAUCUGAGGCAGUCAAAACGCCACAGUCCAUCAUGAAAGCCCCUGUAAGUCAACCCGACCUCAAACCUCAAGUAGCAUUUGUGACACAGCUUCCUUCGAUGUCUCAAGACACACAGAUGGCGCAGCUGGCUGUUAUGGCCAAGCUACCAUCAAGCCCACAGAUCACCCCUGUCAGCAAAACUGGACGGAAACGGCGCCUGCUGCAAGAGUCACUUUCCCCACCUUCUUCUCAAAGUACAACAUCCCCUACAAAAUGGCUGGUCAAAGACAAUGGCACCUCAUUUCCCUCCAGGCCACGGGAUGAAGAUGAACUGUUUCUGCUGAGCUUUGUCCCCGCUCUGAAACGACUUGCUCCACAGAAAAGGUGCGAGACAAAAAUAAAGAUCCAGCAGAUCAUGUAUGAAGCAGAGUUCAACGUUGCACAGUCAGAAUCCCAAGAGAAACAGACAGAGCCAGAAACACAGGACUAAGCCAAACAGACUUUUUUUGUACUUUAUUCUCUUUUCUAUAAAUCUCUUCCAUAAAAUGGCCAAAAUAUCUAUUUUUCUUCUUUUUUUUUUUUUUACAGCACAAAGUGGUUGAAGUACAUCCUUUUUUCAUGUGAAAUAAUUAAGAAUCAAAAACAACAAAACUAUUUCUCAACAGAUCUCAGUAUUGUGCAAGUCAUUUAAAUUUUUCACACCACUUUGGUUUGGUGUGUCUUUAUUUGCAUAUUAAUUGGACAAGUAAGGCCUAUGCGAGAAUGAAGCCAUAAUAGAUUUACAGCUUUAUAGGAAAACAAACAGAUGAUGAUUAACAUCUUUACUUACAUAACUUUACCAUCAAUAGAGUGAAUUCACAUUUAGAGAAAUGGUUUCAUGUUUAUCAACCAAUCUCCAUUUUAACUCUGUAAUACAGUAUUUUACAUUUAAGUACAGCGACAUAUGAUAAACUGAACAAAAUAAGAUGUUGCAAUUUGAAGAGGAACACUGUUUCAUAAAUUAAUCUUUCAGCUGCUUAUACAAUAUGCAUCAAUACAGUUCUUUUAAAAAUAUUUUUAAAAUAAAGAGACAAUGUCUGA